AUGCCUCCCAAGAAGGAUAGCAACAAGAAGGAUAGCAACGAGAAGAGCUGGUCCGACAAGGAGAAGCUUGCGUUCUACGUGAGCCUGAUCGAGUCCGGUGCCGCCACCAUCGAUUGGUCUAGGGUCACGCUUCCGAAGGGCAAGACCCGUAACGCUGUUACCAAGAUGAUGAAGAGGACCAAGGAACAGCUCAAGCCGGAGCUGGAUGCUCUCAAGGCUUCUCAGGAGGAGGAUGAUGAUAUCACCACGGUCAAGAAGGAGCGCUCCAAGACUCCAAAGGUGACAGAUGACGAGGACGAGAAGAAGACCAAGCGCCCUCGUGCCAAGUCCACUGCUGGUGAUGAGAGCAACACCCGCGUCAAGAAGCAGAAGGUCUAGCGCGUUGUCGGAAGAGCGAUCGGAAUUAGCGAACGGAAUGAGCGAACGGAAUGAGCGAACGGAAUGAUCGUCUUCAGUUUCUCGCGGAUAGAUGCAUGAAUCAAGGAUUGACGUCGGUGGAUCCCACAUGGUGUUGAAGAAGGCGAAGCACAGGCCAAGGCCUUCGUAAUGCGCGGCUGGCGGGCGAGGCUGGAAAUUUGAAGUCGGUG